AGAGGGCGUUUGAUUUUUAGCUGUAUGCCGUGUGGCGACUACCGUCUUCCUCUGAUUUGGUCUUACUUCUCAUUUUCACCUUUGGUGGUUUGUGGAAACAGUUUUAUAUAUCUUGAAAUGAUUCUUUGUGAAUGAGGAAGAAAUAUGUGUGGCAUUUGUUGUGUGCUAUCAACUUCUUCAUGUCCUGGUGCAUUACUGCACUCUAAGCUACUGUCCAAUUUAAAGAAAAGGGGACCUGAUUUGUCGGGAGCAGUUGAAAGUAGAGUGCUCUGUCUUCAUCCUGUUUACAAAACAAGAUGCAGGAAGCCACCAAUAGAACACUAUCUCAGUGAGGGUGUGGAUGUUGAGAGAAGUGACACUCCCAAGGAUUGCCAAGAGUACCCUUUGGAUCCAAGUAUAUCAAAGAAGAAUGCUACUUCUGGAGAACUAAACUUUGAAAAUGACUCUUUAGCAAUACAGAAAAAUACUGAAAAUGAUGCGGAUAUUCACAAUACAGGCGAUAGCAAGGGAUGUACAGCAACAACAGAUUUUAAGAACUUAGGUUCUGAUACGACGGAUAGUAAACAGAGGAAGCAAUGUGGAAGUUCUGAACGCAACUCGGUGUACGGUUCAUUCUUCGGACAGGUGCUUCAUCUCCGUGGUGACCCAACCCCUCAACCUGUCGAAGAUGAGCAGGGGAAUAUCUUGCUAUGGAACGGGGAGGUCUUCGAUGGUCUUGAGGUUCAAGGGCGGAAUGACACCUCAGUCCUGUCUGAUCUCCUGUGCCGUGCAAGGAAUGCACAAGAUAUCCUGAAUGUGAUGGGAGCCAUUAGAGGUCCAUGGAGCUUUAUUUAUUGGAAGGAGAAGACUUCGCAGCUUUGGUUCGGACGAGAUUUCUUCGGAAGACGCAGCCUCCUGUGGCUAUGGGCGCAGUCUGGUGCAAGGACGAUGACCUUUGGCCUUUCGUCUGUUGCCUCCAAGACAGAGACAGGUAUCCCUGUGGAAACCUAGAGGUCACUCCUCGCCCUGACUCCUGUACAACUACUUCAGCGAAUUCCAGAAUGAACUGGAUACCAUCUUUACAUGUAGCCCAAACAGCUCUUUUUCUCUUCUUUUCUUUUUUUUUGGGGGGGAGGGGGGCUUCUAAUAUUGAACAUAAGGGCUCUUUCUAUAAAUGAUCAUUGCGAAAAAUUUGUUUUAAAAAUUGCGGAGACACUUUUUGAACACAGGGAAACCAAGAGGUCACUCCUGUACAUGUACACCUACUUUGGCGGACUCCAGAAUGAAGUGGAAUCCAACAUGUACAUGAAGCCCAAACAGCUCUUUUUUUUUUCUUUCUUUCUUUUUUUUAAAUACUUUUUUGCUUCUAAUAUUGAAUAGAAAACCCUACACUUAUUUCUUUUGAUGAUCAUUGCAAAAAAAAAAUUGUAAACUAAAUCUUGACACUUUUUGAACUCACGAAACAGACUAAGCCAAGAGUUCAUUCCUGUACAACUAAUUUUUUUUUUUUUGGGGGGGGGACUCCAGAAUGUUGCCCAAACAGCUCUUUUCUUCUUUUUAAUUUUUUCUUUCUUUGCUUCUAAAAUUGAAUACAUGUAGAAGGCCUGCAUGUAUUUCUUUUGAUGAUGAUUGCAAGAAAUCAGUCAAAUUUGUCAAAGACCAAUCAUUGUCAAUCAUUGUAUAUCUUCAGAACUGACACUUGAAUGACAACAGGUAUCAGCUGAUAGGAUUUGGUAGCAUUGUUCCGAUUAUUGAUACAAGCUAUCACAACUGAAUACAAUGAGCAUUAUUACAGUGUUUGACAAGUGCAAUUUAAUUUGAGUUUAUAUUACUUUAGUGUUACUGAUGAAUCAUCAUUGACUUUGAUAUGUACAGUACAAGGUCUGUGGAGUGUAAAAAACUGAGGGGAACAUUUGAAACAUUGGAAUGUUUUCGUCACUGGGGCAUGGCAUGUGAGGACAAAGUUCGAUGCAAUCUCAGUAGGUGGUUUCAAACCGCCUCGAUCACAAGAAUCCCCGUUAAAUUACGAGAACAUUUUUAGGCUAAAAAAUACCCAUUAAUUAUUCCUGCAUUCACACCGCCCCAAAACAUACCCUUCGGGAUAAGUUAGGAGCAUGCGCAGUAUGGUCUUAUAAGCAGGCAAGGCGCGAGAUUCAAAACCACUAGCCCAGCAGCCACCCACGGCGCCCGCGCCCAACGACACGCUGGGCUAAAAGUUCCCGUAAAUUGCUUUCACAUUGCCAAAAUACCUGCGACCUUGGAAAAAUCCCCGCGAAAGUUCUCGUAAUUUCGCCAAGUACAUGUACCUACUAUUUAGCGGGUAUUUUCUUUCGGGGAAAUUACGCGUAGUUUGCUUUCACAUUACCAAAAUACCUAGUAUUUUCUGAUCGGGGUAAAUUUCCCGAUCAGAGAAUACCUGGAACUGACGAACUUCGAGGCGGUCUGAAACCACCUAAAGAUUCCAGGGCACGCCAAUGCUAUUUAUACUUGCAUAGCGCCUAAUACCUCUUUAUCAGGAGGUUUCCAAUAGGCUUUUUACGAUACGUUUCCUUAACCCUGUGCUAAUGCUAACCCCAUACUAUCCUUAAAGAUAAAUACCAGUUGUGGUAAUGAUCUAUUGAGUUUGAACCCAAUCCAAUAAAAUGACCACCUUUGUGUUUGCAUAUGUAUAAAUAAUAAAUAUGUGCCAAAACUCUAGAAGAAAACGUUUAAUUGCUGAGAAAUAAGCAUUAAAUGUUGGGUAUUUUUCCAAGCAAUAGUAAUACACUUUUCUACUUAUGCCUUUUUGUGUUAGUGAUCAUCAGAAUUAUAAGUUUUCAGAUCUUUUGAUAAUACGGUGACAAUUAAGCUAGAUUUUAAAGACUUUUUGAUGAAAUAAUUGUUUGCUGCAACUACUUUUAAUUUGAAAAAAAAAAUUUCGGCAUUACUCCUAUGUGUUUAUAAGAUCGCAUGCUCGAUCUGUAAUGGAAAUCAUAAGUCAGUGAUGGUUCCAUUGCCCCAAGGGCAUAUAUUGAGCAACGUCCUUGGCUUGGCUGGGUUUCUUUUUACACUAGCAAUUCGUAACCCCCCCCCCCCCCCCCGACUAUCUCUCUUAGCACCGCAAUUGCUCGGCUAACCCUGCUAUUUUGCAGGGCCAAAUAAUUCUGUACUAUAGGUGGGGUUUGUUAUUUAGCUCCACCUAUAGUACAGGGUUAAGGAAAUAUUUUCAAGUGUAAAAGACUUAUAAGAGCUCUACAAUAAAUGCAGCAUAUAAACUCUUCAAAAAAGUUUGGAAAUCUGACUUUGAUCGAUAAUCCCUCCUCGGUUUUAGUAAUUAUCAACGUGUAAUUAAUAUCAAUGAAUAGAUCAUUUAAUUUUCUAAAAAAUGAUACCCUACAUGAUAUGAUUAUGGUUCACAUGGAGGUGCAGUGCCUUGAAAUGUGGGGCAAGGUCACAAUUCAAAAGUUGCAAAAUAACAC